ACUUUACCCCCGCCCCCUAAAACCCCACGUCUCAACCCAUCCGCGUCCCCAUUUUACCAACUUUUCCCUAUCCGAGAAGAAUCAUAAAACCAUCUUGGUCCGUCGGCUUUCCGCAAAGAAAUACACGAAAACUAGAGAAAAAACAAACUAAAAACAAAAAACAAACAAAAAAUUAUAACUCGAGGCCGCCUGCCCUACAUCCCUAGAUCUAGAUAAUGCCACUUUUGAGUUCUCGGAGCUGUUUUGUGUGUAUUCACAAGGAUUAAAUCAGCACAGCGCCCCGCUCUUCCCGCCUGUAGAAACCUCCUAACUAGGCUACUCACUAAGGAAGUUUCACGAGGACAACGAUGUACGAAAAGCUCCUGCGAAGUGUUGGGGACUUUGGGCGAUUUCAGAAGCUAAAUGUCUUUCUGCUCUGUCUUCCUUGCAUCAACGUCGCUCUACACAACCUGUCUAUGGUGUUCAACAUGGAGCAACCAGAUUUCCGGUGUGCUGUCCCCGGCUUGGAAAACGACACAUACGACAUUCAGAACGACCAACACGCCAGACUGGUCAACGCAAGCAUCCCCCGUGAGACAACGGGCAGUGCCGAUUUCUCCCAGUGUUACACUUACAAACCCGUCUUUCCUACUUCGUCACCCGCGCAUAACGGCAGCCGUGACGUAUUUAGUUAUUACGAGAAUCAGGACCAGCAUCUGAUAGGGUUUGAUCAGAAUGAAACUGCCAAGUGUGAUCGCUGGGUCUUCAGUAAGGAGAAGUAUGACAGCACUGUUGCAUCACAUCUUGACCUUGGCUGCGAUUUCACCUCAAUUCGAACCCACACCAAUCUGAUGAUGCUACUUGGACUCUUUAUAGGAUCUUUCAUAUGCUCUCCCAUCGCUGAUUUAUUCGGCAGGAAGAAGACUCUGAUAUUCUGGGCACUUCUUCAAGUGGCAUGCGGGCUCUGCUUCACCGUCCUGACCUCGGUGCCACUGUUACUGGCUCUGCGAUUCUUCAUUUCUCUCACCUGCAUCGGACUUUUUAUGUGUGUAUUUGUGUUCGUCACCGAACUCGUCGGGCCGUCCCAGAGAGCGUUUGUUGGUAUGUGCACGAUGUACUUCUGGUCCUGUGGCAUGUUCUUAUUGGUCUUCCUCUUCUACUUUGUCCGGAAUUGGCGAACUGCACAAUUUAUAUUGACAACACCCGGAAUCUUAUAUGCCUCUUACUGGUGGUUGAUCCCGGAAUCCCCUCGCUGGCUCAUCUCCAAGGGUCGCUACAGUGAGGCGGCAGACGUCCUGCGCCGCAUGGCUCGGAUGAACGGAAAACCGGUGCCCGAGAAGAUGUUGGAAGUGAUGAUUUCGGGCGAUAACGAUGGGGAGAGGAAACCGUCUCAGCAGAAGGUCUGGUACUUAUGUGCCACACCCAGGCUCACGGGACGAUUCCUCGUUCUUUGCCUUGUCUGGUUCGCCUUCAAUGUGUGCUACUACGGGCUUACCCUGAACGUUGGGUCGCUGAUUGAGGGCGACCUGUACCUCAACUUCACCAUCCUGUCCGUGAUGGAAUUGGCGGGUUACAUCCUGAGCCAGGUCCUGAUUGACCGCGUGGGGAGAAAGCCACUCUUCUGUUCCUGUAUGUUGCUAGGGGGAAUGGCGUGCUUAGCAACGAUGGGGCCGGUGUUGGCUGACUCAGAUGCACCGUGGAUCAACACGGUGCUUUCAAGCGUCGGAAAGAUGUGUACAACUGUGUGUUUCGCCACUGCGUUUGUAUUUACUGCGGAACUUAUCCCAACCUUUGUGAGGAAUACCGGGAUUGGGAUCUGCUCCUUUUUCGGUCGCAUCGGAGGUUUGGUGUCACCUUUCAUUGCAAACACA